AUGGGUGCUUGUGCAGGUUCAGGAUAAAAUAAAUCAAAAUAAUUAAGAGAUGAAAGGAUAAAAACAGAACCAGAUAAAGAAAAAGGAAGUGAAGCAAAUGGGAUUAUUCUCUCAAAUGUUUCAAGAAUUACUGCAGAAUCUAAAAUUUUAGAUUUACCUAAUCAAAAAAAAAAGACUGUUAAAAAGUAAGAAAGUCUUAAAGUAACACUUUCAAUAACAAAUGAUCCUAUUUCAAAAUACUAUGUUCGAAAAAAUCUUCGUUAUUUAGAAGGUGUAAAUUUUAAAGAUAAUAUGUUUGUUGUUUAACAUAUCGUUACUGGAAAAAUUCGAAUAGCUGAAAGAUUUUUGAUAAGUAAUAAUAUAUUAGAAUCAUCCAAAUUUGCUUGAUAUAUAUGGAAUUUUUUAAGAAGAUAAAUAUUAUACAAUAGUUACUGAUUAUUGCAAUGGUGGAUCACUUUUAACAUUACUUUCAGAAAGAAAUUCCUAGUUAGAUGAAGAUAUUGCUGCUUAAUGUUGUAGAUAAAUUUAUGAAUUGAUGGGAUAUUUACAUAAAUUUGGGUUAUAUCAUGGUUAAUUAAGUUUGAGAAGCUUUGAAAAACAUAAUUAAGGAAAGAGAUAAUUUAAAAUAAAACUUGUUGACUUUAGUUGUUUAUUUUGCAAAUCAGAUAUAAAUGAAAAUAAUGUAUAGUUUUUAUCACCUGAAUGUUGUAAUGAAAGAUAAAAUUAUACUGCUUUUAGAGAUUAAUGGGCUGUUGGAAUAAUUACUAUGGCACUUACUUUUGGUAAAAUACCAUUUGAUUCAAAAUCAAUACAAGAAUGUUUAGAUAAUAUUUAAUAAUUUUGUAAAAAGGAAGGUUUUAUAUAAAAAGAAUUAUAGAAUUAAGUUGGUAAUCCUAUAAUCAAAGAUUUAAUACUUUAAUUUUUAUAGGUUACUCCAUCAAAGAGAAUUGAUUUUUUUUAAGCCUUAGAAUCUAAAUGGAUGAAAAGUUAUGAAAAAGUUUCUAAAACAUAGUUUAAAUAAUGUUUAGAUGAAUUAUCUAAGAAAAAAGAAACAAACUUUCUUCAAUCUUGUUUUCUUUUAAUGAUGAUUAAAUAAUUUGAUGAUCAGUACACUCAAAUAUAAGAAAUAUUUAUGGGAUUAGAUCUUGAUAAAAAUGGAAGACUCACUAAACCAGAAUUAGUUAAACAUUAUACAUAAUAUUUUAAAACACAAUACAAACCUUAAGAGAUUUAAGAUUUCGUAAAUGAAAUAUUUGAUGCUUCAGAUCUUAAUCAUAGUGGUGAUAUAGAAUUUUCUGAAUUUUUAAUAGCCCUUUCAAAUCCUAAAACUAUUAUUACCAAUGAAAAUUUAAAGUGUAUUUUUAAUCAAAUUAAUAAUGGUUAACCUUUCGGAUUUAAUGAAUUAUAACCCUUAUUUAGAAAUAAAGAUGAAGAACUACAACAAGGAUUUGAAAUUAUUCCUAAUUAAUUGGUAUAUUUUUUAUCUUUAUUUUAGAUUAAUUUUGAAGAAUUCUCAAAAAUUAUGAUUGAAUUAGUAGAAGAUAAAUGA